CAGAGGACUAAAAGGGAAAAUAAAAGAUUUUAACAUGGAAAUAAACACAGACUCGUGAAAUGGAGGACUGGAGAACAUGGACACUUUGAACAGACGUGUAAACUCACCUUUACUAUUUUUACUCGUAUGCUGAUCGUCAUGGAUUUAUCAUAAGUUCGUAUCAUUGUAUUUGUCAUCUUUAAACGAUUCAAAUCAAAACGUCAAAGCGCGUCGAAUUCAAAAGCGAUCCGGUCGCAUAAAUGUGAUGCUCGAUGAAAUGGAGUUUAACUAUCUUUCUAAAGUGUAUAGUAAAGUAAAGUUAUGAGAAUCGAAAUCUAAUGCGACAAGACUGGCUGAUGUAUCGAAGGACUUCUCUGCAAAGACCUUCAGCGUGUGAAGAGUUUUGUCAGUUUUAGAGGAGAUUUCCAGUCUCUCCGUUGUUUCAGUUUAUCCAUUCGAUUCACAAUAAAGGACUAUCAGGAAGGUCGGUCCCAAAGGCCGUUAGCAGCACAUCAUAUUCACUGCAACAGAAACGGAAUUAAUAAAGCGUGUAACGAGUCGUAGCGACUGACAAUGAUUAUAGUGUCGCGUUCAGCUCGGGAAUAGCGAACGACAGCAGCGCUUUAGACGCGUUCAUCUUCUCCAUGUGUCAGAAAUGAAGGAAAAGUCCAAGAAUGCAGCGAAGACACGAAGAGAAAAAGAAAAUGGAGAAUUUUAUGAACUGGCCAAACUGCUGCCGCUGCCCUCGGCCAUCACAUCUCAGCUGGACAAAGCGUCGAUCAUCAGACUGACCACGAGCUACCUGAAAAUGAGAGCCGUGUUUCCAGACGGGCUCGGAGAGGCCUGGGGUCAGUCGUCACGGGUCAGCCCUCUGGACAUCAUGGCCAAAGAUCUGGGAUCUCACCUGCUGCAGACGUUGGACGGGUUUGUGUUUGUCGUCGCGUCUGACGGUAAAAUCAUGUACAUUUCAGAAACGGCUUCAGUGCAUCUGGGUUUGUCACAGGUGGAACUGACCGGUAACAGCAUCUUUGAGUACAUCCAUCCGUCAGACCACGACGAGAUGAGCGCAGUGCUGAGCGCGCACCAGCCGCUGCACCCGCACUUCCUGCAGGAGUUCGAGAUCGAGCGCUCGUUCUUCCUGCGCAUGAAGUGCGUGCUGGCGAAGCGGAACGCGGGACUCACCUGCGGCGGUUAUAAGGUGAUCCACUGCAGCGGUUACCUGAAGAUCCGUCAGUUCGUGAUGGACGUGUCGCUGUACGAGUCGUGCUAUCAGAUCGUGGGGCUGGUGGCGGUCGGUCACUCGCUUCCUCCCAGCGGCGUCACCGAGAUCAAACUCCACAGCAACAUGUUCAUGUUCCGUGCCAGUCUGGACCUCAAACUCAUCUUCCUGGACAGCAGGGUGGCCGAGUUAACGGGUUACGAGCCGCAGGAUUUGAUUGAGAAGACUCUCUACCACCACGUCCACGGCUGCGACGUGUUCCACCUGCGAUACGCGCAUCAUUUAUUGCUGGUUAAAGGGCAGGUGACCACCAAGUACUACCGUAUGCUGGCCAAACACGGCGGCUGGGUUUGGGUGCAGAGCUGCGCCACCAUCGUUCACAACAGCCGCUCGUCCCGGCCGCACUGCAUCGUCAGCGUCAACUACGUCCUCACGGAUGUGGAAUAUAAAGAGAUGCAGUUCUCUCAGGACCAGAGCAGAUCCAGACCGUCUCUCUCCUAUAAGACCUCGAGUCUCGCAGCUCCUCAGGACUCACGCAAACAGCUGAAAGCCAAAGCAGCCAAGAUCAAAAGCAAACCCAAAGCGUCCCCGUAUCCGCAGACCUUGCUGCAUGCUGAUAAACCGGAGUGUCCCUCGUGGAAGUCGAGUCCCCCCUGCAGCCUGUCGUCCUGUCGGGAGCAGAGCCCCGUCCCGCUGACGCACGGACCCGAACCGUCCUACACGCUGUCCUACGCAUACGCACACGCGCAGACGAUCCCUCGCUCCCCCAGACGCCACAUCCUCUCCUCGCCGCCGUCCCACAGAGAAACGCCCUGGAGCUGCGCCGGCGCAAACAAACCUGCAGCGCACCUGAAGACACCUACAACCUGCAGCGCAUACUCAGGUCCGGCGGGCGACGGCGCAUUCACAGCCCAGCUGCUGCACGGCGGCUACAGACCCGUCGGGGUGUUUAAAGAGGAACCCGGUCAGAACCGCAGCAAUAGAGGGCGAGAGGACGAACGGGACAGCGGCGGCUGUGAGCAGAUCAGACGGCAUCAGGCGCUGCAGGGCUUCGGCCAACAGUCGCCCGUGCAGAGACGCAGGCCGUGUGCGGCGGACGCGCCGUACGAGGACAGGAGCGGCGAACGGUGCUCAGCGCCCAGACUCUCGGAGCAGAACCACACGGAGGAGAAGAGGGUGCUGGUGACACAGAGCCCGUACGUCUCUCUCAACCUCCACCACGUCUGGGCCAAACACGUCCCGUCAGGACCCUAUGCUCUCAGCCACUUAACGGACGGUUACCGGGACGAGGAGGUCAACCCGUACCUGUACCGGACCCAGAGCCCCGCGAACGACACGCACCGCGUUCCUCAUUACAUCGGCACGUCUGUCAUCAUCAGCAACGAGAGGUGACCCGCUCAGAACCGCUUCUGCUGCUUAUGCAAAACUACAGAGCUUCUGUUCACACCUACAGCAGCGUCUCCUGCAGGACAGUCAGGAGUAUCUGUUUUGACAAGAAGAAGCCGGGAUACUACAGCCAUGACGUCUGGAGUACAGAGGAACGAGAGACGCGUUUCGGUCAUUCAGGGCCUCCAGAUGAACCUUCUAUUUGCUGCACAUUAUUGUUCUCUAAACUCAGAUAUGCAAGACAUAAUCAUCCACGUGUUUUUGUGCCAACAUUUACAAAA